AUGACGUCUUUACAUGGUUACUAUGGUCUUCCUUCUCCUGCUGAUCUCAGAGUCUCUCCAGACACCAACCCUCCUUUAACCCAUCACCGGAAAUCCAGGAGCUAUGUCAAUGUUUUACUUGAUGAGAGCAAUGCUGCAGAUGGUGACUCCAUGGUAAGAAGACGGCAGAAAUCGGAAGCUGACUUCCCAAACAUGCUGAUGAGGGAAGAGAACAGCAAUGGUAGCGCUUCAGUAUCAGCAGGAAAAGCUGGAGGUAAAGGGUUAGCAUUAAGAGCCAAAUCAGCAAGCCGGAGUGCUUUGAUAGCAGAACUCGAGGCAGCAGCAGCAGCAGGCAGUUUGAGCCCUAAUAAACCAGCUGGUGCAGGAGAUCCUGCGGACAUUGGUGACCUGGUUUCUGCAGUGAGGAAGUCGUCGAGCACUUCGAGCUUGAAUGAGACAGAUGGCAGUGGUGGUUCAUUCACAUGGCCGACUCCAAAAUGGAGUCUGAAAGCAGAUCUGCAGGCUUUGUCGGCUGCAGCCAUAGCUAGGCCCAUCUUCGAUGGGUUGCCAAAGCCCUUGAGUGGGUGGAGAAACAAAGCAGCCGUUGACUAG